UUUAACAUUUUUUUUCGGUAUCAGAAAAGUUACCGGAAGUAAACAAUUUUUGACAGGGAGCGAGCUUGAUUGCCCAUUCCUGUUGUUCCAGCCAGCCUUCAACAUGGAUGGUGAUUGGGUGUGUAACGAUGGAGAUGAAGGAUUUGAUGAUGGAGACGAAGCUGAGGAAGAAAAUGUUCCGAUGGACGUCAACUUGGCUACAGAAGGAGAGGACGAGCUUUUGAAUGGUCCUCGAGCCAGUGUAUUCUACAUGGUGCCACAGACGGAGGAUAAAGGCAAAGACUUCACAAAAAGUGAAGUAGAGGAAAUGAUGAAAUCUGAAGAGUACCAAAAGAAAAUUGAUACUUGUCAUUUAUGUGGCCAAUGUUGGUAUGAGGGCAAGUGUGGAAAGGACUGCCCCGAGUGUGACGGACAUCCGAUGACACGCCCAUGUGCAGUUUGCGGAGGGGAAUGUAACCAGGUCUGGAACCGGGAUGUCAAGUUGUCACAUUCUUUUCACAAGGCUCACUGGGAUGGUAAGUGCUUACUUCCCUUGGAGGCCCAGAAUGCAUGCAGGAAACAAAAUUCUACCCCCAAAUCACUGACGGAAGGUAUGCAGGACUUGUCGACAAGAUAGCACAGUGGCGCCCUCUGCAGGAGUUAAUCAGAGGAUUUACAUGUUUGGAGAUUAAAAUUUCAUGAUAAACAACCCCUUGACCUCUGCAGCUCAUCACGAGGGAAAAUCGCAUGCCCCUGAAUAGUGUAAAUGUAUCUUUAUUGAUAUCCUAGCAUCCAGCAGGUGUUGCAGGGGAAAGUGGCAUUCUACCUAACAAAAUUGUCACAGUAAUCUAACAGUCCAGCCAAAUGAAUUAGACUAUAAAGUAUCCACUGUAUAUAUAAUAACUGAUAGUGCUGUACUUAAAAAAUUCAAUUGCACUUCAAAAGUGAAAUUGAAUAAGAUUACCAAAUAAUCAAAUAUGUUUACACUUAGUGAUGAUACUGUAAAUGUCUCGCAUGUGGAAAAACAAAUGGUUGCAUGGCCUAACACAAGUAAAAUGGUUGUCAGCAUUACAUAGUAAUACGAUUGUCUGUUGCUUUACUGUGCACUGAUGGUUGUAUCAUAGAUUAAAUUCAAUUUUGAAAUUCAGAUACAUAUUCAUUAAAAAAAAUCAAUCAUUCUGCUGCUCAAUUCUAUAUUUUAAUUAUUAUUCACCUGGAGCAGGCUUUGGAAUUGUUCUACCAUGUUUACAAUUAGUAAAACUGUUAGAAUUGAAGGGUUUUGGUUGUGAUGGCAGUUUUUUUCUCUGCUUGAGUAUAGAGAAGUGUGAAUCAGUAUUGAGAAAUAUUGCCACUGUGAAGCUAUAUCAAUCAUCAUCAUCAUCACAUAAUAUAAUAUCAUUACGGGAAGAUGUAGGUCAACUAGUAAAGGGAUGUAAUUCAUUAACACUAUGACCAACUUGUAGAAUUAGAAACAGGACAUUUUAGUCCAUCCUCUACCUUUAAAUACUGAUAUGUAUAUAAUGACCAAUAGACUCAAAUGUUGACAUAAAAAUAUUGAUAUAUUGACUUUAGACUCAUUUGAUCGUGUUGUAGACCAUUUUUAUAUCAAUUUGGUAUAGAGUACCAUAUAUCAUAUGACAUGUAAAAAACUUAGCUGGUAUAAUGGGGAUACUUUUCUUAUAAUUUAGCUCUGUUCAAUCACAGGUAAGAAUCUCAAAAUGUUUCUAAUAUUGUAAGACAUAAAAGGCCCUGUUGUUCAAAACUGACUUUCACUUUACAUGUAUUUGAAUUGGUUUAGAAAUUAUCGGUUUUCUUGAUUGAUGGGCUUCUAGCUCACCUGACCUGAAGUGUCAUAUGAGCUUAUGUCGUGGUGAGGUGUCCGUCCGUCGGUCUGACACAACUUUAUAUUUGAUCAUAUUUGGCCAGUAGCAUGCUGAGAUGGGCUAUUUUGCAUGAAGCCUAAUUUUGUCCAUUAAAUCAAUAUAUUUGAUCUUGGUCACCUUUUAGGGUAACAACACUGAGAGAAGUACCAGAUGAGCAAUGCAGGCCCAUUUUUCCUCUAUAUUGUAACAGAGGAUCAAUUUUAAAAACAUAAUCCUGAACAUGUCAUAUUGUCCAUAAGAUAACUAAGGUCUUAUGUUUGAAUCAUUGAAGUGUUUUUUCCGCUCAUGUUGAAGAUUUGUUUUUAAUAUGGCCUAAUCUUUAACAAAAAUGUAAAGUCAUGGCAAUGCUGUUUAGCUCAUAUUUAUACAGAAGAAAAUAAGCAUCCUACUAGAUACUGCUGAAAGAAUCAUGGUAAAUAUCAUGUAUAAUGCUACUCUCUUUUUACAUGUAUCAUAUACUGAAUCGAAAUGCAUAAUAUAUAUAUAUAUUGCAGACAGCGUAGACUCAUUGUACCUCAGAGCUUCUAUAGCAAGAUAAGUAGUCAUUGUUGUAUAUACAUGACAUGAUAUUGUUGUAAUGUUUUUCAAUCGAUAUAUAUAAGUUAACUCUUUAUUUGUUCAUGUACUUGAUGUCUUUUGCUUGUCCUGUCUUCGCGGAAUACCUAGUUAUGUAUGAGUAACAUUCCUUCCUGACAGAUAUCUUGUAUCUUCUUCUCAGCUAUCAAGAAUGGCCUUAACAGUAUUUUCUUCAAUAUACCAUAAUGACUAAAUUAAUGUCAAAAUUAUCUUUACCGUGUAAAAUUCUCAAAGACAUUCAAAUUAGUCAAAACGUGAUACAAACUAUAACCUGUUCUUCCCUGAAAAGGAACACCUGUACAAAAGGAAAGAACAUAGUAAUGUUGGAAGAGUUAUCUCCCCUCGAAAUAUGGAAAAUGUCAAGAGGUGCACCAAUUUUUUUUUUUCAUUGGCUUGUAGAUUUGGGUCUUUGAUUUUUGUCCUUUAACAUGCUUAAUACAUUUUUUUCACAUUUAAUUCUUAUUAUUUUAUUGUCAUUACAACAAGAUUAUACAAAAUACCUUUUAGGAAGGGAGAUUACUCAUUGAAUUAGAAAAUCACUUCCACGAAAAUUACUGUUUAUAAAUGAUCAGAUAAUAUUGUAAGUACUUUUGUAAGUGACAAUGCAGAUAUAAUUCAAUUUGAGAAGUUUUGUAGCCACUAAAUUAAAGACGUUUCUUGGUGUUUGAAUACAUUUAUUAUAAUUUAGUAUUAGCUAUGAGUAACAUUGUCCUGUUCCUCCGUUAUGUAGAUGAGAAAUGUCCUUAAACUUUACCUUACCAUGGUCAGUAUUCACCGUUUGUUUGGAUCCAUGCUGACAAGGUGUCUGUACAAGUGGUGUGGUACUCUUAUCGUACCCAAAGUAGAAAGCUGUUCCUUUGUGGAUACUACGAAGCAAUGUUUUUGACACAGCAUAUUUAUGAUCCUGAACUCUGGUUAUCUGGAAUUUAUUUUUAACCCAUUAUUACACCAUUGCUUUUCCAUUCCACCCCUGAAUAUACUUAAAUAAACAAAAUAAUUGCAAUUUAUAUAUAAAAAAAAGUCCAGAGAAAUGUUUACCUGUACUUUGGUGAUGGGACCAAUUUCAUUGGCAAAUUAAAAGCAUGUUCCAAUAUUGUAUCAGUCGGCUGAGAAUGCUGCUUGCGCAUUGAAUUUCAGCAAAGUGAAUUAUGGCUUUUCCGAUUUCAUGGUUGGUCAGACAGUAGCAGUGAACAAAUGCAUGUCGCAGAGAGAUUUUGAAGAUGUUGGAAUGCUGUACACAUUAGCAGAUUUAAGUGUAAUAUAUUAGUGUUGAAGGAGACAAUCUGCCAAAGAAAUUAAGCUUAAUAAAUUAAUGUCA